ACAGGAACUAAACGCACUUCUAAAAAGUCGAAAUCAUUCGAUAGCCAGGCCUCGAUAAUCGGAACAUACAAAGACGGCAAGAUUCAAUGGCAGCGGAGAGGCGAGAUUGUUACUCUCGACAGCAAUAAGAAUACUAAAGGCACAGACGGACAGGAGAAAUCCAAGAUGCCUUCAAUAAUCCCCAGCGGGAGAUGCAACCAGCCACUUCCGCCACUCCCGUUCUUCGAAGCCACCUUUGGUGAGCUGAGAAGCAGAUAUUCUAUUUCGCCCCCAUUAGCAGGCGAAAAAUGCAGUUGGGCCCAGUCGCAGGCGCCGCUUACUUCACAGCAGUUAAAACAAACGACUAGUCAAACCUCUCCUGCAGGAUCUCCCAAACCACGGCACCCCAAGGGUGCAGCUGGAAUUGUACACACGUCAAUUUAUAGUUGUUCGAUUUAUUCCCAAGAGAGCGAAAUGUCGUCAUUACGCAGCUACCGGUCCUCAGAGACAAGCUUCGAAGCCGACAACCCCCCAAAACAAGGAAAGCCUGACGCGGUGAUAAACAACAAUGGAGGGCAACGAAAAGCGCCGCCAACCGAGCCGCCCCGAAGAUAUAUGCAUCAGCCCUCCAACUCAGAGGGUGCAGUCUUUCGACCUACCCAUGGCACUCAUGCAUCCUGUAAUACCCCGCAUAGCGCCGAAGCAUGCGAACCAAAAAUAGAGCCCAGGUCCUCCAAACGGAAUAGGCCUUGUAGCCCCACUCUUAGCGAGGCCGAAUGCGACCUGCAUCAGCAAUUGGCUUCGUUCGAGAGCAUUGGCGACCUUGGGGCGGAAUUUGAUCAAGAUAGGACCCCCCUUGCAGAGGUCAAUCUUUCGCAGUGGAGUGCACUUCCACCUUCAACUGAAGACGACAAUUUACACAUGUCUCUCACAGAAUUGGCACCGAGCGAACAUCUCAGUGGUCCGCCUCCUUUGCCUCGCAAAUCCAGCAAACGCCAGCCAGCGAACAGGAACAUGAAAUUAUCUCGUCUUCCACACAACCACAUUGCUUCGCAAGUCCGAAGAGGGCGCUCCAAGGCGAGCAAGACGCUAACACUCAUAAUCCCAAAGUACAGAAGGACAAGCGCAGACAUGGUGUUGUCCCAGGUCCCAAACCCACGGAACGAUGCCAACGCGGCUGAAAGAAAUACUACCGAUCCGAUCAUCUCUCCCGCUGGAGCAGAAUCCCUCAUCCUGAACAUCUUGCAGAACCUAGGUCACUUUGACGAUCUUUUCGCUGCUGCUCUUGUCAACCAUGGUUUCUACCGAGUUUUCAAGCGCCAUGAACUUGAUCUCAUCAAGUCGACCCUUCGAGCCAUGUCUCCUCCUGCAUGGGAGUUUCGGGAAAUUGCAUUCCCCGGCCACGACAGUUUGCACGCACACGAUCUCGAGAUGACGCGGCCCGAAGAGGAAUACUCUCCUACGUCGUACCUACAGCUCCAGAAACAAGACAUUCAAGUAAUUCGCGCCAUUAAGCUGGAAAUUUUGGAAAAGUGCCAGUCGUUUGUGCGACCAGAGAUAUCGAUUGCGCUCAUGAGCGCGAAUCCAUCGGAAUCAGCUAGGGUAGAUGAUGCGUUAUGGCGCAUAUGGACAUUUUGCACAAUCUUCGGCUCGGGCAAAGGUCGCGAGGAUGACAUUGUUGCGCAAAUGGACUGGCUGAAUGGAGGGGCAAUAGCCCAUCAGGAAACUUGCACUUUCAGCAUUUCGGGCACCGACUUCAUGAACGAUACGCUGGUCGGCGCUUCUGAGAGUUUUGGCAAGGGUAACGAAGGCGGGCUCAGUGCCGAGCAGCUCUUUGACAUUAUGGAGCUAUGGAACUGCUUAGCAGUGCUCUUGCAAAGCUUCGAGGGCCGAACAGUCCAAGCACGUCAGGCAGGAAUAUACGACGAUACGGAAAUUCGAGGCGGAGAUAUCGAUGGCGAAGAGAUGAUGCUCGAUGAAUGGUGUUACUACCUUAUGACCUUUGGUCCAGCCGCUGUCCUGAAGCUAACUGGACCCUACCACCCCUCCGACCCCACAGGCUUCACCAUUGCUGCCGAGAACGGCUGGGUCAACUGGAAGCCUCCGACUCCUGGAAAUACUCGUCGCAAGUUUCUCCGGGAAGCUGCUUCUCGCAUCUACGAAGACAAGAUAGCAAACACCUACGCAAAGAUCUCUACCCGCGACGUCCAGCGCGAGCAAUCCAAAAUGCGCAUCCAAAAGCAUAUCAAUGAACUCCAUCAGCGCAAGAUAAGCGGCGAAGCUGGCCCAAUGAUUUCCAUGUCGCAAGAACGACCCAUGUCGGACUGGGAUACAGUCCUCAGGAACUUGACUCGUCCUCCGAUUCCCAAACAAGGCCCAAUGGGCGACAUUGUCACUCAUGUGCCUGGCCUCAAAUCAUCAGUAGCGAUCCCCAAUGAAUGUUACUCCAUAUCGGAACUUCCAGCAACAAGAACCCCUUCGCCAACUCAAAGGAUAGUCGCUCGACCGCUUCUGCCGACCCCAGCUCCCUCGACGAUACCUGGUCUCGAUCAACAGAGCAUGGUCUCAGGCCUGCCAUCCCCUGAAGAAAAUAUAGUGUCGCCUCAAUGGAUAACAGCAGCAAGGCCUCUUCUCCCGUCCCCAUCAAUAUCCACCUUCCAGAGCAACCGCGACCUAUACACCUUGGAUGCCAUCUCUAGCAUCGGCUCACCAAUCCGCCGCAUGAUCGCCGAACCUCUCCUCCCAACCCCCUCAACCACAACAGCAUCCAACACACACAACUGGCAAGCCGGCGGCACAGGCAUCUCGAUGCCCUCCAUCCUCGAACACGCACCCUCCCACCACCCUCUAUCCCCAGUGCAAGCCCGACCCAACCAUCUUGUUUUCCACCAACGCAAAGAGAGCCGCGACAGCGACAUCAGCUCAUCCGCCAGCCCACGAAGCGCAAUCUUUCAGCAGCACGAACGCCAGCAUUCCAUCUUUUCGAGCCCCAGCCACGAGAACACCGCCGAAAAAGCCAUUUACCGCAUUGUAGAAAUGGGAUUUACCCCCGAACAGGCCAGAGAUGCGCUGCGCGUGACGGAUCUCGGGUCUGGGCUCAGAGUUGACUGCGCGGUAGAGCUGCUGCUUAGCCGACAG